GUGUAUCCAAUUCUCUCUCAAUUUCUCUCCCCCGAAAAAAAUAUCACCAAAAUUCAUCCCAUUCCAGAAUAAGAUCCUUCACCUAAACGCAAAAAUUAACGACAAUUCUCUCAACGAAAAUAAAAAUAUUCAGCGAAUGAAAUUCGUGUAUUUUUUCAACUGUCGUCACUGCAUCGCCGGAAUGGAUUAUGGCAGGCGGCUUGUACUAUAAAUACACCCAUCGUGCGGGGUAAACAAACUUGACCUCAUCGGAAUUCUUAUCUCUUGGAUCAGGGCAUCUCCUUGCGUGAGACAACGCUGAUCGAUUUCAACGGUCAUUUUUGAAUAAGGCUGAGCUGAAGGAUAAACGAGAGACAUUGAUAACACAGGAAGAGGCGGAUUCAAGGAUGAAGUGGGCACCAGGUCCGCUGUUCAGUGAACAAGUCACUGAAUUGACACGGGUGUUUUCACAGUGGAAUGAGUGCGAACAGACUGUUGUGCUUUAUGCAUUGCUGAGAGAGAUACCUGCGGUACAGGCGAGAUUCUUGGCGCAGGCUGUACAGCAUUCGCUGCUGUCUGUGUCGGAUCUUGAUACGCAAGAACUCAAUGCUAAUAAUCCAGCUUUCAUAAACUCGUUGCUGUCAGAGCCCACGGAUGUUGCAAUAAGCCAGCUCUUGACGCAUCUGCCACUUCUUCGUCCAGGAAACGUGGAGUGUAAGCGAGUCUACCUGGUAGUGAUUCCGGAGCUCCUAUCCCACGCACUUCAAACCCCUCUCUACACAGAGCAAACUCAACAGCUCCUCAGUUACACAUUGAUCCACCCAGCAAUAACAAACCAGGAGCGUCGAUCCCUUUCACAGCUAAUGAAACACCUACAAGAGAGGAUCAGCUGUAGUCCGGCUAUUCACAGCCUCGACGAGUACACAAACACUCCCAUAAGAUGGGACCCUGCGUGGCAGAGGUUGUCCAACAAACCUCAACAGAGCAAACAAAACAACUUUGACUGUUUCAGAGGCUCUGGAAAUGGAUUCAGUCUGCAGUUUCAGCAGCCUGUGGCACGACACAGACGCUCUAACAGUCUCACCCCACCUGUAGCACCUCCACAUCACUUAGAAAUAGCAGAACGUACAAAUAACACGAGUAGUGCAACUAGACACAAGCCAAGAAGCUUCAGCGUCUCUGGGGACAAUUCAAGUCUCAUUGGCUUGGGUCCACUGAGUCCCCAGAGCUCUUGUACAUCUUCUGGCAGUGAGGGACGACUCGAUGAAGCCUCGAGUCGAACGUUGUCAAGUGGGAUGAGGGAUGUACCUGCAUGGCUGAAGACACUUCGUCUUCACAAGUACAGUUACCUUUUCGCUACAAUGAGUUAUGAAGAGAUGCUCGAGCUCACCGAGGACCAACUGGCAGAACAGGGGGUUACCAAGGGUGCCAGGCAUAAGCUCGCGUUAUCGAUAGCUAAGCUGCAACAACGCUACAGCACCUUGAUUAAUUUGGAAAAGGAUCUCAUUCAACCAGCCAGGGAGAGCAGUCAGCCUGCAUCAUUCUCACAAGCGCCCGCUCUGUUGGUUUCCACACUCGAUGAGUUGAAUACCAUCUUGGCUACUCCGUUCAAAUCCAGUCAAGAGAAUGACGUGCAGGACAUUCCUGGACAGUUCACUAGGGUUUUGGGAAAAUUGUGCAGCAGAUUAGCUCUGGAAAGUGUGGAUGACGGUGUAUUAUGCGCUUGUAUUAACAUUUUGGAAAAGGUGCUGCAACAUGACUGCUUUACUCCAAACCAAAAGGAAAAGGUACAGCAGUGGCGUAGUCGAUUGGGCAAUCCACGACCAACACCCAAGUGGCAACACAUUAAUUACGGCUACAACAGCAGAAGAUUUGGUAACGCCCAAUCGCACAAUUCAUCGCAUAGUAGGAAGCCAAGUCUUAAUUUACCACAUCUACAAACUAAUCAUGCUCAGAACACUAGCUUUAUGGUUUCUCCGCAUAGGAACAGUAUUUCUACGCCAUAUUUACAGAACAAUCAUAAUCAAGGAAUGACCCAGGGUAAUCUACGAGCUAUUCACACUACUGAAAAACGACCCAGUCUGCAAGAGAACAGUCUCGAGUUGCUUCAAAAAACUCUUCAACGUACGUACAGUGCCCCACGUGAUCAUUUCAUGAGACAGCCAAGCCCACCGUUGGAGACAACAGAUCCAGAAAUAAAUUCACGUCUCGAGUCCCUCUGUCUGCGGAUGACCGAGCAAGCCAUAGGAGGCUUUGGUGAGGCCUAAACAAUGUUUUUUGUUUUUUUCCCCACUUUUAAUCCCCGACCCCUUUUAUGUAUAUCUCUACCAAUACAAGAAUCCGAGAAUUCGUCAUCACUAUAAAAAAACAGAAAAAAGCAAAAAAAAUCUUGAUAAAAAAAUCAUAAAAAGCCAAAAAAAGCAGUAACGCACCUUGUAAUUUUUUUUUGUCUCUGAGAAUGAAUUUGUAAAUGAUAUUUUAAUGAAAAAACAGGAACAUUUGUGACUGUAUAACAUAUUUAAUGAACUGACAAUUUGGCAAGCCAAAUGCUAUUAGAAAGAUAGACUCUUUCCUUCGACUAUUUACUAUGUCUUUAUGGAAAAAAUAUUAUAUAUUAUAUUAUUGAUAGAAUUUAGUUGAGUGGUAGACAAAAGAAAGAAAAAUGAAUUGAACGAAAUGAAUUUUUUUCCGCCGUGAGAAAUAAAAAGAGAUGGAAAAUGAAAAUGAAUUAACUACUGCGCGAUAAUUGCAAUAUUGUUUUAUGUUAUCCAUUUCGGGAAAUGGAAUUCUUCUGAUUUUAAUCCAAUAUGCAUUAUAAAAUGAAAAUAAUCGUGUAAUGUCUUUUUUUUAAUUAACUUGACUGAUCUUUAUUUUUUAACGAUUCCGUCUGAUUAGAUACAUUGGCGAGACUCCACUUGCAUAAAUGAUUGAGAUAUAUAUAUGAAAAAAUAAAUUCUGAUGAAUUUUUGGAGUCUCAAUUGCGUGACUUAAAGUUUAAGAUUUCAAUAAAUGUAAAUUCACGUUCAUUUUAUUUCAUUCUUUAUCGUACGAAGCAUCACUUGAGGGAUUGCGAGAUGCACCCAACUCGUAAUUUUUUCGUCUAAAUGAUCUGUGUUUGUGUUUUAUUUUUAACAGUCAAAUAUGUGAGCAAGUGGUGGAAAGGUUCAAGUCGAUAGAUUACUUCUGUAAGAUGUGAGGUUUUGAGAAGAUUGUCAAGAGAUUUAUUUUUUAGUUGAGAGAAUUAGUCAUUAGAAAUAUUGCUCGAGUUUGCCUCUUAAUGUGGCUUAUUUAUAAAAUGAAUGCAUGAUUGAGGGAAAAUCAACUAGCUAAUGGUUCAUCUUGAUGAUGAAUGGUUUUAGAAAAUAAUGUCGAGAGCUGUUUCUGAUGGAAAUUACUCUCAACUAUGUUGAGGCAUGUUUCUUAGAGGCAAAAAAAAUCGUUUAUAAAGAAACUCUUCACAUUCUCCGAAUCGAUAUAUUACCGAAAUGAAUGCAUAAUCAACUAUUGGAGACUUCUUACUCGACUUGAACCGUCUUACUCCUCGCAUCUUCUCUAAGAUAAUUAAGACUACAGUCGUUUUGAAAACGACCUCGAGAUUUAUCUUUGUACUUGACUUUAUUUGAUGUCCCAAUAACGAUUGGAAACGGUCUGUAAAUUUUUGAAGGUAUAUUGACAAGGAACAUGGAUGCAUAAAGUCAUGUCAAAUGUAAUUGCUUAUAACAUCGAAUAUUGUGGCUUUCAAAUCGUAAGCGUAAUGAUCAUAAUGUUCAAAUCAGCUGUUCUCACAGCAAUUGAACCCCCUUAGCUUUGCGAUAUACCUUAGUAAUAUAUUUUUUGUGCAAAAAAAAACAACAAUUUUAAAUUUACUGCAGACAAGAUAAAUUUACUGAAUAAUGUUAAUUAAUUAAAGUGAAAAAAUAAAAAUAAUGAAAGACUGACAAUUUCGCGCGCCCCGAUAGUCGAGAGUAGGAAUGAAGUGAAUAAAUAAGGUGAUGAAUAAUUAAUUGAUUAAGUUUAGAGAGAAAAUCUGUAAGAGUCACAUUUUUUUAAUGAAUGAAAAUCUUCUGGCUCUCAUCAUUGGUUUUAUUUUGACGUAAAAAUGUGAAACCUUGACCAUUGCUCCUUGACGGCGCGUGAAUGAAACAAUUGGAAGACUGCGGAAGGGAAAAAUAAACCUGUCAAAAUAAUAAUGAUUAGAGAAAGGUAUUAAUUAUAAAACAAAACGGUGAAAAAUAAAAAAAAGGAGUACUAGUAGUAAUUUAGAUUAAUUGCCUGAUUAUCGCACUAUUCUAUUAUAUUUAGAUCGAAUAAUCAAUGUAAGGCUACUUGGUGAUUGCUUUUAAUUUCGAGUGUCCCGUGAUCAAAUGCGAUCGUAAAAGAGCUGGCUCGAUGGAGAGUUACGUCAAGGCAAUUUAUGAAUACCCAAGAUUAAUGAAAUAAUUUAAUUAAUGCAAAUUCUUGAAUUGACUUUUUUUUAUGUUAAAAAAAAUUUGCUGAAUGAAAAUUGAGAUUGAAGUGGUAGAAAUUAUCAGGACGGUGUAUCUCUUCUCGUUGUUCACGAGACGAUCUUGGAGGUUCUCGAUUUUAGAAGAAAAUGUCAACAGAUUCUAAAAUUUUUCUUUAUAAUAGCGAUAAUUCUAUAUUUUAAUUGUUUGUUUCACCACUUCAUUGUUAAAUCCAUCCGACUAUAAUUUAGAAAAUGAGUAAUAUUGUCCGACGUAAUGCAGAGUGUUCGCACUGUUAAAAAAACAAUUAAUUCACAUUAAAUUCUGAUAUUUUAAAAUUGAAAAUGUACUAGUAAGCAAGAUGUAAUUGGAAACAACACGUUUGUCAAACCCUUUAAACUCCAAGAGAAAUAUCAAAAGCUAGUCAAAUGAUACGUUUCUUAAUUUUUUUUACAAACACCUGUAGUUCUAUUUAAUUAAUUAAAACCAGUUACGAUUGAUCCAUUGUUAAUAAAACGAACUCCGAUACCAGCGACAUUCAUAAAAGAAAAACGGAUCAGAACAAUGGUGAAAACGAAAAGAAGUAAUCAUCAUUUUCAUAGUGAAGUGGUAAAGAACUGUUACCCUGGAAGAAAAUCGAUAAAUUUUCCUAAUCGACAAUUUUCUCCAAAUCUAAUGCUUUCAGAGUUGUUUCACCUUCUGUUCUCCACUACUUCGCUGAGAAAUUUUCAAGAAAUCAAGCAGACAUUUAAACGUAUUUAUUGAUAUAUAAACGCAAUUAUAAAAUGGCAAACACGUAAGGAGAAGAAAUAGUGAAUAACGAGCCAUGAAAUAAAGACUGUUCUUGUGCUCUUGAGUGAGCACAGGAAUUUCUUUCUGUGUAAUGAUUAAUCCAAUUAAUGAAAUGCAGUAUCGUAUCUAUUAUAAUGAUUGAAAGAAAUUUUAACAAAAGUGAUGAAUAAAGGCAGGACCUAAACUAAACAGGGAAGAGAACAGGCAUGUUUUUUAUUUACCAGAAAGAGAAAAAGGGAAAAGGCAAAUGAAAAAUUGAGUAAUGAUGAAUUAAUUAUUAAUGCAUCAGCGUCGAUUAAACUCAUUCAAUUGUAGGAGUGAGAUGAAAAGUUAAUGAUUUUUCUCUUCAUUCUUAUCAUGUUUUAUCAUUUUUUAAAAGUAUUUUCUGUUCCUUCAGUUGACUUGAAUUAAUACCAUACUCUCUUAUCACCAAAAUGAAAUAAUAAUACUAAUAAUAAUAGUUUUAGCCUAGGAGUAAUAAUAAUAAUCAAUAAUGGAUUAAAUACAGAAAAAACCACCACAAACGUAUUCGAGAUCCCGGUGAGAGUCCGAGUGUACUAUUGACCCUGUAAUCGUGAUUAUCAAGAUUAUAAUCUGAUGUAUGAAAUUGGAAAAUGUAGAAAAUUGCUGGAUAUUGGUAGAGACAGAGAUGACUGAUAGAUUGAAUGGUGAAAGAAGAUGAUUUCAAAAUCCAUUUACAGAUUAUUUUGUCAAUAUCUCUAUGGAGUCGGUUGCACCAAGCCCUGUUUACGACAUAAACCUUUAGAAUAAAUUUAUGUGAGGAGGAAUUUUAUUCCACAAUUAGAUAAUUUUAGAAAUUCUUCGUGGAGCACUUUUAUUCAGUCAUUCAUAAUUACUGGUAUUACUGGUGGCGAAUAGUGAUGAUGUAUUUAUAUACCACGUUUUUCAUCUUCGAUGAAAAUAGAUCGGCGGAUUAUUUUUAUUGAUUUCGAUACUUAACUGAGAAUUUUCUUAACAACAGGGCGUGGGGCAGCCGGGCCUAGGAGGAAGUAAUUUAAAAAAAAAGAUAUUUAUCGUGGAACGAUUGGUAUUCAGGAAAAAAAAAUUCUCAAUUUUCGGUGUCUAAAGCUUGUGAUUUCAGAGAUAUUGAUAGGAUGUGUGAAGUGUUUGGAAUUGUCUACUGGUAUCACUUUACUACAGAAAAUUGAACGAGGUAGUCUCGUUGAAACUGGCGAAUAAGGUUGUACUUAGAAGACAGCUGAGAAAGGGCUAGUUGAAAAAAUUGAGUAAUAGACAAUGAACUAGUUUAGGAGUAGAGGGGUGAAAUGGUUCAAGUCAGAUAUGAAACUUUUUGUAAUUAUGCAAUUAUCUCGGAAAUGAGAAACUUCAGGAGAUAUUUUGGAAUUACUUUUUCUCUAAGUCAUCGAAUUUUUCGAAUCAUCACUCGUUAUCAAGAUGGUUGACCAUUGGUAAUCAAUCUGAUAAUGAAUGUUCUCCAAGUCUUUUUACGCCUUUUUUCCGAAAAAGUUGAUUACUGGAAUAAUUGCAGAAUUAACAAAAAACUUUUUCGCUUGAUUCAUUUAAUCAUUUUGCUACUGAGUUGAAUCACUCGACGGAGUGUUCAAUGUUGCUUCAGAAAAAUUCAAAAGCUUGGGCGGCUAUUGUUACGUUAAUUGAAUGAAGAAAAAACAAUGGAAUGAUUAAGAUUAAUCGAAAAGCUUAGAAUAUUAGUAUGUACUGAUUUCAUUCAUUUUAACGAGUGCACCAAUUUAUUUUAAUCGACAAUCCACUCAUUUUUUCAAGUAAUUGAGUGUUUAGUUGUUGAGGGUGUCUCCAAAGGUAGCCCAGAUAGCAGUCUCUGAAAAAAAAAUUGUGAUUGAUUUUGAAAAUCCAAUCACAAUUUAUCUAGUUUUUUAAACAAACACUUAUGAAUUGUGUUUCAAGUCUAAUCGGUACUUUAUUGUGGAGUUGAAAAAAUGGGCUUAUUCUUGCGAUCAGGUAUUGCUAACUGGGAUAUUUAAUUACUAAGCCGGACAACUUGUAAAAACGCAAUUUUUGUACUGUUGAAGGAAAAAAAUGAAAAAUUCAUAGACGAAAUACACUAACGUUGUAGUGUGUAAACAAAAACCACUUUUCAAUAAAAACAUUUUCAUACGCA